ACAGUUUUAGAAAACAGGCUUUUCAAGCCCUGAAAGUGGCUCUUUUGGAAGGUAUGGUGGUAUUUGUGACCCAGGCAUCCUGGGUAGCUCUGUGACCUCGUUAUUAUAAGCAUGGAGAUGUUUUCAGAGACAGAUGAGAAGACCCUAGAUUAGAAACUGGAAAAGAUGUCAGAGCUCUUCAGAGUAACUCCUUUGUUGAAAUGAAAGGAAGUCCAGAGUGGUUCAGUGACUGGUCCAAAGUCCCACUGGCAGCAACUGGCUAAGCUGGAAUUCUAAAGGUGGAACUGCCCAAGAUGAUUUCUCUCUCUCCUAGGGAAGUGGCCCUUAUUGUCCUUUUCCAGCUCCCCUGGCUCCUCUCAGAUUUUUUCCACCACAGAAAGUGCUGCUGUGACUCUUUUGGCCAACAUGAGACUUCUUUUACUUCUGGAUCAAAAGGGAAGUUCACUGUGUUGGGACCACAGGAGCCAAUCACAGCCUCGGUGGGUGGAGAGGCUACAUUCCACUGCCACCUCUGUCCCCAGAAGGAUGCUGGGGAUAUGGAGGUGAUGUGGUUUCAUGAGAAGCACUCAGAUCUAAUUCAUCACUAUAAAGAUAAGCAGGACCAAAUGGAAUACCAACUUCCAGAAUAUAAAGAAAGAACAGAAUUCCUUCGAGAGAAUAUUUCCAGUGGGAAUGUGGCCCUGAGGUUGAGCAAUAUCCAUCCAUCUGAUGAGGGGAAGUAUUUGUGUCAAUUUAGAAGUUCCAUCUAUUCUCAUGAAGCUGAAUUCCAAGUACAUGUGGCAGGAAUUGGCUCAACCCCUCACAUACACACCAACAUUAAGGAAAUGGGGAGGAUUUGGCUGACGUGUACAUCCACCGGCUGGUAUCCAAAGCCUGAGGCGCAGUGGAGGAACAUUUAUGGGGUGCCCUUAUUACCAGUGUCGACGAACAUUAAGCAGAAGGACAAUGGGUUGUUCUCUGUAGAAAUAUCGAUCGUGGUGUCGUCCAGUUUAAAAGAAACCAUCUCUUGUUUCAUUUGGAACCCCCUCCUCAAGCAAGAGAAGGAAGCGAAGUUGAUUUGGGCAGAUAACUUGCUUCCAGGGACCUCUUCCGGGAUAAUCCUACUGUUUAUCUGUGUAUUUAUUGCUGGAAUCUUCCUAUUCUUCACCUAUUAUGAUGACAUUCUAAGAAAAGUCAGAGACUGUCCAGGCCAGGCCAGGAGACCAUUGGAGGGAGCAGGAUGGGAUGGCACUUCUCUCCUUCCAUGUACGCAGGAGCAGGCCAGUCCAGGAGAAAUGCAGAAGGAGCAAAGAGGAAUAGCAUCUGUCUCUCUUCUCAGCCGUCCUGAAGAGGCCCAACCAGGAGACCAGAAGGAAGUGGAAUGGAAUCUCCCUCCUUCCCCUGAUAUCUUGAAGAGGCCAGACUUACAAACUGCCCAGAAACACAGAGUGGAUGUCACUUUGGAUGCAGACACAGCUCACGCUUACCUCCUUCCUCGAAUGGAUGGCAAAAGUGUCUUUUCCUGUUCUCAGAAGCUAAAGAAACCCAAGUGUCCUGAGUGCUUUGAAACCCUGGUCUGUGUGCUGGGCAAGGAGAGAUUCACUUCAGGGAAAUUCUACUGGGAGGUGCAGGUAGAAGAUAAGAUGAAGUGGACCCUGGGACUCUGUAAGGACUCAGUCUGCAGAAAAAGGGGGGUCCAGGUCACCCCAGAAGCUGGUUUCUGGGCCAUCUCUCUGAAGAAAGGGAAUGAGUACUGGGCCCUCUCUAGCCCUCAGACCCAUCUCCACUUGGUAGUGGCCCCUAAGAUUGUGGGGAUUUUCCUGGACUAUGAAGCUGGCCAGAUCUCUUUCUAUAAUGUGACUGACGGUACCCAUAUCUACACUUUCCAAGACACCUUUAAUGAGGCCCUACGGCCAUGCAUCUGCCCUGGCCCCCUCUCUAUAUGGGAAAACAUUGUCCCUAUCACUCUCCCAUCCCAAAGGCAGGGGACUUUCAAGCCUCCCAAACUUCCUAAAAUCACACAAGAGCCUGGAAAUUGAUUUGAGUAAGGAGAUAUGGGCUCUUGAGAAGUCAUCUUCUCCACAGCCCUCAGUACAAAUGCACUUACCUUUCAUCUCUGUUGGAGGACAUUGCAUCUUCAGGAACGUCCCUUCUGCACAUGUUGAGAAUUCUCCCACGUGUCCUCCAUUCCUAUGCACAUCUUCUCUGCUCCGUUUGGUAUGAGGGUUUACUAAGCCCUUUCCAGGGCUAUUUAUUCCCCUGUAGUGUCCACCUGUCACCCAACUCUCACCCAUAGUUCCAAGAAGCUGUAGCAUUCACAGCCUGGCAGAUGGGCUACACCAGGUAGAGGGUAACCAACAGGACUCAAACCUGUUGGUAAGUUAGGGAGAUGUCUAUCCCAAGCAUAUAAAGACUACCCCUGGUGGAAUGGGUGGAUGAGAACAAUUUGUUCCAA